GCUAUCACAUUGCAUCCACUUAAAACCUUCAAAAACACAAAAGCCGAAUCAAAACUUGAUCGCUCACCAUCUCUCAGUUCAUUGAAAGGAAUUUUCUCUUGUCGCCAUGGUGACCAGUACUCGGCUUGAUGACAUCACCGGCCAUUAACAUCCACGCUUUGGCAUUAUCUUAUACACUUUGGAAAAAAAAUCUCAUCGCGUUGCUUUUUUUUUUUUUUUUUUUUUUUUUUUUUGUCGUGCCUACCGCCGCGCAUGCGCAGAGACGCGCAUGACCACACAACGAGGGCGUGGACGUGCGGCGGGGAAAGAGCGGUGCGCGCGCGCACUAACGCACGCCGCCUCGCAGUCGCGGCGGAGAAAGAAGAAAAGAGGAAGAAGAGAAUCGAGCGGCGAGGAAGAGGAGGGGGAAGAUGGACGCAAUUCCCGCCACGCCGCGCGCGCCUCACUAAGGGCAACAUGGGCUGUAUCGGAUCCAGAACCAUCACAGCCGAUGCGGUGCCGGUACGGAAAGAUGGAGAUCAGCAUGGGCGUGCCGAGUUUUCCUGGGAAGGAAUCAAUCUAUCCAUGGAGGACACCACGUCCAUCCUGCCGCGCCUCAAGAGGAAGUCGGCCAACUCGUACGGCAUCGGCGCCCUGGCUAAGUCGUCUCUGACAGGUGUGUCAGGCGUGACGCGCUCCAUGAAGGACAAGGUGACCAAGCCCACCGCCAUGGCGCAGGGCCGCGUGGCCCACAUGAUCGAGUGGCAGAGUUGGGGCAAACCCUCGGCGGGGGCGCCCAGGGGGCCUUUGUUAAUAAUGCGAGGUUUCUCAGCAAAUACAGUGUGUGUGUGUGUGUGUGGUACAGACCAGGUCCUCCACCACUCCACAGCAGACGUGUGGCCUCACACGUACGUGUCCCAGGGCCUCUACUGUCUGUCCUCGUCCGACGCGUGGGAGCCAAUCAGCAGUCAGCCUUCACGUGCGGCUUCACCGGCCGGGGGCUCCUACAUCCUGGCAGCAGGCAGCGGCGCGGGCAUGACGCCGGCCGAAGGCUACGAGUCGACGAUGGGCAGUUUCCUCCAGCAGCAGCAGCUCAGUCUCCAGCAGCACAACCAGCUGCAGCAACUGCAGCAGCUGCACCAGUACCAGCAGCAGCAGCUCCUGUUGCAAUACCAGCAGCAGCAACAGUUGUUGCACAGUGGCUCCCGUUCCCUUCAGGCCACGCCCAACAGCACCAUCCACAGCCCGGGCCCAGCCACGCACGCACGCCUAGCCGACCUGUGGGGGGCGGCGCAGGCGGAGGCGCACCAGGCGGAGCUCGUCGGACAGCUGGCGGAAAUGGCGGGCGGCGGGGACCAGGUGGAUAUCAACGUCUUUGGUUACGCGGAGCAAUGCAACGACGGAGAAGAGGAGAAGGAGGAACUCACCAAGGUGGAGGAGGUCACAUUGAGCACGGAGACCAAGCCGUGCCUUCCGAGCCCGUCCCCACUGUGGGAGGACACGCCAUCCGCAAGAGGUGCCAGCCCAGGAACGCCGGCCGAGGUGAUCCCUUUCGACGUGACGUCGUGCCUCGUCCAGUCGAUGGAGGAGAAGGACGACGACGUGGACGAGGGCGGCGGUGGCGUCAUCGUGGUGGCCACCAACUGAGACACAAAGUUCACAUCGACACAAGUCCAAUAAUCAAUCUUGAUAUUAUCUCGAUAUUACUGAAGGAAUAACCGGCAGGAUGUGGAACAUUAAUCAAGCAAAACAAAACAAAAAAAAAAACAUUUUGGGGGACCAAAAACCAGCGGACAGGAAGUUAAAGCAGCGAAAGCAUCGCAAUUCAGAGGCGGGACAAACACAAGCAGAGAACAGAGACAAGAUGUAGAAGGCAGCUUUUGCUUCAAAUCCGCCUUCUGGAACUUCCGGCAGACUUGGCCGACACUGAGUGCUUGCCACAGUGUCGCACUCUAUCCAAUUGCUUUAGAUAAUAAAAAGGGAAGAACAUCGACAUAAACACAGACAUGUAUUUGUGCAUCUCAUCAAGUCAAGUGGAACUUUGGUUUUUGUUUCAUCUAAAUGCUGGUUUCCGGACAUCUGCUCAGUUUUCACAGAGGAACGCGCGACUCAGCCAUUUCGAUACAUUUUGUGAGUUGUGUGGAGAAAGCUCAACAGACGGCAAGGCAUCUUGCACUACUGCAAGGCUUCCUUCUCAACUCAGGGUAAUAAGAAGCCUCCCGCUCUGCUCGGGCAACAUGUGGGGAACACUGUCAACAGUCAGACCUUCAAAAUAAAAGCAUUCUG